CUCGGAACUUUCUUCUGCGGGCGGCGAGGGAAGGUUUUCCUGGCUGGAUCGGCCUGCUGUCUUGCUGCGCUCCGCGUCUGGCGAGGGGCCGUUUUCGAAGGGUCAUGCCGGGCGUGGGGCUUCUGUGCCGGCUGGGGUCGCGGCUGCUGACUGGAGGGCGCCACGUUCCGGCUCUCGUGGCAGCCGAGACAGGAGUUGGGAAUAGGGGUUUGUGGCGUGUGAUAGCCAGGCAUAUUGUUGAUAAUGCCACAUGGUGGGAUGAGCACCUUUCAGAAGAGAAUUGCAAGUUCCUGAAGAAUUUAACAACAGAAGAAUUCAAAGCGCAAACAGCUAGUAAAUUGUGCCCGCUGAAAGAUGAGCCCUGGCCUUUGCACCACUGGGAGCCAGGGUCCAAAAGAAUCGGUGUGGUUGCAUUAAAGUUGGGAAUGAUGCCGUUAUGGACCAAGGCUGGUGAAAGACUUCCUGUCACAAUGCUUCGGGUUCAAGACUGCCAUGUUUUAAAGUACAUUCCAAAAGAAGAAUGUGAUGGAAAAAAUCCUUUUAUAAUUGUGGGAGGGAAAAAUGUGUCUCCAUUUCAUAAAAGUCCGUCUCAACUGGAGUUGUACAGAGCAAUUGGUAUUCCACCAAAACAGAAAAUGACAACAUUUAAAGUGUCAGAUAAUGCUAUCAUUAAGCCAGGUACUCCGCUGUACGCUGCUCAUUUCCGCCCUGGACAAUAUGUGGAUAUCACUGCAAAAACAAUUGGUAAAGGUUUCCAAGGAGUCAUGAAAAGAUGGGGAUUUAAAGGCCAACCUGCUACCCAUGGCCAGACCAAAACACACAGGCGACCUGGAGCAAUUUCCAAUACCAAGGUGGCACGUGUCUUCAAGGGAAAGAAAAUGCCAGGGCAGAUGGGCAACCGCUUCAGGACAGUACGUGGACUAAAGGUCUGGCGGGUCAGUGUGAAGCACAACAUCAUAUAUGUAAAUGGAACUGUCCCAGGUCACACAAAUUGCCUGGUAAAGGUCACUGAUUCAAAUUUACGUGCCUACCGAGACUACAGCAAGAACCUGCCUUUUCCCACAUAUUUUGCCGAUGGAGAGGAAGAGCUGGCUGAUGAACUAUACGAUGAAGAAGUUUUCCAGUUCACCGAGCCCUCCAUUGCAUACACUUAGACACUGACAUCUUGAGGAAUGGACUGCUUUCCCAUCAUAACUGUCAAUUUGGAAGCGCUAAACAGGAAGUCCUUCAUGAAGUGCCCUCUGAUAUCAACCGUCUGUCCAUUCAACUUUGGACAACCUGCUGUUUUGGUCAAAUGCUUUUCCCUGUGACAGCUGUUUUUAAAAUUACUUAAUCGUGUAUAAAUUGGGAUGCCAAUAAAUAAAGAGGGGCUGAAGAAUGGAGGAGAAAAGAAAAGACGAUCGUACUUGUUGUCGCUUCUUAAAAUGAACUCUUCCCCAUUGCCAUCCAAACUGAUUGCUUGUGGUACAUCUAUAGUAGUAAAACCACUUGCCUCAGUCGUUUUAAGAAAUUUAAUUUUUUUUAACAGCUGUUUUUCUUAGCAUAUCAACAAAGAUAUUGUUUAAAGAAAAAAUAAAAAUUAAGUUAACCUGAUUAUCCUGGUUAAGCGGAA